AUGUAUAUAAAGAUGGCCACGUUAGCAAACGGACAAGCAGACAAUCCCAGCCUCAGUAGCACCCACACUAACCCCAACCCCAACGGGCACAUGAACGGAUUAAACCACAGUCCGGGGAACGCCGCCACCAUUCCCAUGAAGGACCACGAUGCCAUCAAGCUCUUCGUCGGGCAGAUCCCUCGCAACCUGGACGAGAAGGACCUCAAGCCGCUUUUCGAAGAGUUCGGGAAAAUAUACGAACUGACGGUGCUGAAGGACCGCUUCACCGGCAUGCACAAAG